AUGGGCCAAAACAUAAACUUUGGGACAUACAAAAAUUAUAUUCCAGUCAGUCAAUUAAGCAAAAAAUCAUGGAAUCAGCAACACUUUUCCUUGGCAUUUCCCAAACCACCAAGACCAGGAAAGAAAUGGAGAUCACUACCUUCCCAGAUACGAAACAACACAGGUCCUGUAAUUGAUGAACAAAAUUUGGAAGGUCGUAGACCACCAUUAUGGAUGCACCGUUCCCUGAUGAGAAUUCGUGAGCCACCAUCAGUUUAUUUAGCUGCCAGGAAAAGCCUUCCAUUGAAAUCAGCUCUUUCCCAAAAUGGGGAUUCUAAAGAUGCACCCAAACCUAAGUCUUUAUCUCCAAAACCCACCAAGAAAGAAGAAAAAGUUCAAUCAGGCUCAGAAGCAGAAUCAAACGAUAAGGCGGUGCUAAAGGAAAGUCCCAAACAUGUGACCAUAAAAGGUUCAAAGGAAGAGGAGGACUUGGAAGCAGCUACAGAAUCUGAAGGUGAAAAGGCUGCAGGGAAUAAAGAGGUCAAAAAGGGUAAAAAGGGAUCAAAGGAGAAGAAGGGAUCAACUACGGAAUCCGAAGGAGAGAAGGAGGAUGAAAAGAAAGCCAAAAAGGGUAAAAAGGGGUCAAAGGAGAAGAAGGGAUCAACUACGGAAUCCGAAGGAGAGAAGGAGGAUGAAAAGAAAGCCAAAAAGAGUAAAAAGGGAUCAAAGGAGUCACAAGAUACACUUGGAGAUUCAGAAGGUGAAAAGGCUGGUGAAAAGAGAGACGACAGAAAAGAUCAAAAAGGUGCAAAGGGCAAAGACACACCUCAAGAUUCAGAAAUUGGAAAGGGAGAUUCAAAGAAAGCCAAGAAAGAAUCAAAGAAGAAGGAAAGCAAGAAAGAAAAGGAUAAGGAUGAAAGCAAAACAGAGGGUGAUUUGAAGGAUAUCAGGAAGAAAGACAAGAAGAAAGACAAGAAGAAAGACAAGAAGAAAGACAAGAAGGACCAGAAGGACACUCCAGGUGAUUCUGCUGAUGUAAAGAAGGAUGGGAAGAAGGGGAAGAAAGAAAAGAAGGCUAAGUGGAAAGAAAGUAACAAAGGCAUAAAGAAGAAGCAAAAAAAGGAACAAAAGGAGAAUGGGAAAGAGGAUGCGGAUAAAAUGGAAGGAAGAAAGGAAAAGGAAAGAAAAGAAAGGAAACAGCGUGUGUCUCCAGGACUACAGGACCAGUUCUGA